AUGGCCUUGUCCGCUGCCCCCUGCUCGCCAAGCCCGCCGCGGUCCCUGCUCCGCUUGCCGCACCCGCUCCCGGCAACGCUACUCCCGCUGCUCGCCAUCGGCCGCCGACCGUGCCCCACUGCUGCUUCGGCCGCCGCUGGCUGCCCAGCCGAGCACACCUCGCCUCCGCCUGCCAUGCCCGCCGCUCGCAUGCUGCUCGCCAAUGUUGCAGCUGCCUCCCUCGCCGCCCUGGCUGUCGGCCCGCGCGCUCGCGCCCUCCUGCUGCAGCCCCACCGCUGCCUCCCCCUUACCACGUCGCUGCUCGCCUCGCCAUCAGCGGCAGCUGCUGCCGAGCCCCACGGCCGUCGCGCUCGUCGCCGCCCCCCUGCCCGGUGCCGCUCCGCCCUGGUGCUGGCGCCGUCAUCCCAUGCCCCGCCUCCGCCUCUGGCCCGGCAGGCCACCGCCGCGUCGACAGCCAGUUCCGGUCCCCCGCAGCGCCCCAGUUAG